CUACAUUUCUUUAAAGAGAAUAAGACAAAAUGUUUAAAUUAGAGGAGCGUCUAUUAUCUACUAUCUGCAACAUAUUUAUAUAUAAAGAUAUAGAGUAUAUUAUAUGCUCCCUAUGCAAAACCGGAAGUAAACUCUAAGAUUGCUUAACAACACUGGUUUUCUUUUAGUGUUUGUUUAAAAAACUUUGUUUAUUAAUGUUGAGGUCACCCGCUUAUGGAAAAUCAAAUGAGGAGCAGGUCAAGCUAUACCAUCCUUGAAAUAGAUGAUCUUCAUAACCCUGAGGUUCUUUGUGGUAAUUCGGGGAUAAGUGGUUCAAUUCAAUUACAUAAAUACGAUGAUAUUCCCGCGUUUCUGAAAGGGAAUCCUUACGUAAAAGAAGGCUAUAGGGUCCUGUUACCAGGAUAUUUAUGCCUGAGGAGUUUAUUCUCAUGGAGUAACGAAAGUAUUAAUAUAUGGUCACAUGUACUAGGAUGUCUCAUAAUAUUCUUUUUAAUGAUUUAUGAUAAUAUAAUUGGUAUUCCAAGUUUACAUGGAACGAAAACUGACCAUGUUAUAGUAACUAUCGGUUUACUUUGCUUCCAAUUUUGUCUAUUAUCGUCUGCUGGUUAUCAUUUAUUUAUGUGCCAUUCUGAAAAAGCAUCGGAAAGGUGGUUGGCUUUGGAUUUAAAUGGAAUUCUAGUUGGAUUAUUAGGUUGUUAUUUACCAGGUGUACAUUACGCCUUCUUUUGCAUGUCGGUAUGGAGAGAUGUUUACUUAAUUACGAUAUGUUUCUUAUUUGGAGGAUUAUUUUGCUUGCAAAUGAAACCCAAAUUCUUAACCGCGCGUUACUAUAGGCUUAGGAUAAUACUCUAUGUUCUCAUAUGUGCGUAUGGAAUAAUACCCAGCCUUCAUUGGGUAUGGCUUAGUGGAGGAGUAUCUAAUCCUAUAGUUAAAUUCUUCUUCCCUAAAGUAGUCGUUGAAUAUUUAUUAGCAAUAUUAGCCUUUACAUUCUACAUCUCAAAGAUACCUGAGAGAUUUAGCCCAGGUACAUUCGACUUCGUAGGAAGCAGUCAUCAACUGUGGCAUAUCGUUGUUGUUAUAGCAUUUCUCUAUUGGCAUCAUGCUGGCAAACAGAUUCUUGCCUAUAGAAUUUCUAAUCAAUGUACUUAUCCAUAAGUUUUACCUUUUUUUUCUACAAUAAAAAAAAAUCAUUACGAAUAAAG